ACCAUACCAUUAUGAUGUUAUUGUGUCGAGGCCCAUUUGCCGUUAUUUACCAGUUUAAACAUAAACACAGUAAUUGAACAGUUAUUUGUUUUUCAAAUGUUUACUUAUUUUGCUAAAAAUUAAUGAAGAGUAUUUAAGAUAUAUUAUUUAACAAAAUGGACACUGUGGAGCGAACAAAACUUAUGCCACUGAAGCUAAAGGACAUGCUAAUUAGCAGUGAUGAAUCGAGAAUGGAGAACGCACCGUCGACUGAUCGAAAAAAACUUGAACCAAGAAAAAUUAAGGACUUGAUUAAAUCUUUAAGUGCUCGAAAGAAACCAGAAUCAACUAAAUACGUGUAUCCAUCAAAGAGUGUAGAUAGACACAUUAAUUUGCCACGAAAGAGUGCUGUUUCUUCGUCUGCAUCUGAUGUUCAUGCUCGAAGAAAGUUGUAUACUACACAAAGCACUACCAAGGACUUUAAUCCACAAUCAAAAUCUAGUUGCACCUCCAAAACUCGAACAAGCCUUAUUGGAGACAUUAAUCGAAAUAAAUUGUCUCGAAAAAGUUCAUUAUUACCUCCAAAUUCAAUAAAAGAAUAUUAUAUUCACAAAAAGAAAAACAAAGAAACAGUCAUUAAAGAAACUCAUGAAGAUGUAGCUGUUCAAACUGAUACUCUUUGCAGUCAAGAAACUCAAAAUUUCCCAGCAACAAAUGCCCUUCUUACGAAUGGUUGUCAAUGUGAAGCAAAGAAAAAAUCUGAAAUUUGCACUGUCCCGCAGUCAUUAAAAGAAGCUGUAUCAAAUAAAAAUAUAGUUAGUGAAAGAUCUUCAUGUGUUGACACUGAAAACGUUUUAACAAAUUCGUCUGCUUUAAUUUCUGCAACUGAUGGAACAGAAAGCCGAGUUAAUAAUAAUAGUGCAAAUGCUCAAUUACAAGGGCAAAAAUCAUCCAUCUUAGUUGAUAAUGAGUACAUCCUUGUACAUCCUUUACCAACAAAUCAAAUAUUUUUGGAAGUCCCUGAAACUAGAGAAAAUUCAAGAGCUAUAUCAAACGUUCCUACCAUGAAUUAUAUAAGCAAUUUAAAUUCUGAACAUGUCAUUAUGAACAAAACCAAUUUGCUUGGAAUAGAACAAUUUCUAAAAGAAGGAAUUGUUAAUAUGACACAAGCUUUAAAUCUCGUGCAGGCCACGCUGUAUUCCAACUCUCUUCAACAACAGGUACAAUCUACUGUGUGUGGUAAUAAGGAAUAUACUUCAACAUUCUUCCCGCCUCCUCCUAUCAUUGAAAAUGUCUUUAAUCCUGUUUCGGAACUCUGUGACAUAAUUGAUGUGAAAAUAGAACCAACUUAUGGUGACACGAGUCCUCCUUCUAUUUCGUUUUUGACACCAUCUGUUUCUGAGACGAACUCUGAAAAUAUAUUGUCGAAUGAAAAAUCUCUCCACGAAAUUGACACAUUGCGAGUGAGAUUAGAGGACUGUUUAAAGUUUCCAUCUACCAAUGAUGUUGUAACGAAAGAGAUUCAAAAAGAACAGGAUACAAUCGAAAACUUAAAUUCAACAGUAACUGAACAAUGCUCUCGAAGUCCUACAAUAGACGUUACUUCUGUACUUUCAACACCCAAACGAAAUUUGAAAAGUAUCGAAAAUAACUUAUUAAAAACACCAAAAACAAUAGAUAGGAAUCCGUUAAUAAAAUUAAUGACUCCUUCUACAAAAACAGAUAAUAAGGAAAAUUUCCAAACACCAAUGACGCGUAGAAAAACAUUUUCUGGCAUGGAUUCCCAGAAGCUUAGACGUUCUGUACGCAUUGCUAGACAUCAUCUUAGACAGUCUCUAGGAGAGGACAGUUUUCUUGCGUUGGAAAGAGAAUUGGAUAUUGUGUAUCCCUGUACGAAAGUUUAAAAAAUGUACUUGAUGAUUUUAAAUACUAUAUUCAUUAAUUGUUUUUUAAUAUAUGUAUUUUUUAAAUUGCACAUUCUCUGGAUUUUUUACUAUUUAUAAUAUUUUCAUACUGUAAAGUAAAUUUUUUAUAACUAUAUAUAAAAUAUAUUUUACUAUCUUCAUGUCUAUAUCAUAACGAACUUCUUAUAAUGUCGGUUAUAAAAUUAUUUUCUACUAUUUAUUCUAACAAAUUUUACAUAAAUAAUAUUAUUUUUAUAUUAA